GCCUCGAGCACGGUGGAGGGGGCCUCGCCCGCUGCGCCGCACGCGGAAACGCGCGAGGCUCCACUCAGUUCGGCUCGGCUCCGCAGAGAGCGCGCUCGCGCCGCCGACCCCGUCGCGACCGAAUCUCCACCCGGCCGUGGACUCCUCGCCGCUGCCCACGACGACUCGGCCCCCUGGAGGCCCCCGCGGACGGUCGCCGACAGAGUCGCUUCGAAUCGAGCGGGCGGCCCGCCGCCCCCGCCACAGUGGUGGCAGCCCUGCGCCAUGGGGGCGACCGCCUUCGAGAUGGUGUGCCUCGUCCUGUUGGCGGGACUGUUCGAAGAUUCGACGCAGCUGGUGAUCAAGAGCAUAAACGUCCCCUCGUCGGUGAUGGCCGGCGAGACGGAUCACGUAAUUUUGGACUGCGAUUACGACCUGGAGAACACGUCUAAGGACGGUCUGGUGGUGAAGUGGUUCCUCAACACGGAGGACCUCGUGUUCCAGUGGAUCCAUGGGAGCAAGCCCUUGGCCAGCGAGAUAGUCGCCAAAUACAUCGAUCUGGACUACAAAGCCAGCAACGAUUCCGGCACCAUGUACCGAGCCAUGAAAUUGAACAACCCUGAUACGAAAUUGACCGGCGAGUACACCUGUGUCAUCUCGACGUUCACCGACGAGCAGACGUCCAGCAAGCUGAUGGUGGUAUUUUCUCCAGAAGAGAAAUUUGACCUAACGGUUCAAAGAAGAAACGUGGACAAUGAAGAUGUCAUGGAGGCGUCAUGCAGCGCCGAAGGGCUGCUCCCUCGGCCGACUCUUGACAUCUCCGUCGAGAACGUGGAGUCGGAGAAACCGUCAAAACCUGUCGUCACUCUGCGGGAUGAUCAACGAUACGACAUUUUGUCGAGAGUGACGUUAAAGCACGAUGAGCUUCCCGAAUCUGCGGUCGUAAAGUGUGUCCUCAGCAUUCCGGAGGCUGGAUACAACGUUACACGAGAAAAAAUCUACGUUGGAACGCCUACCGCUACUCCUACUGCUACCUCGAAGCUGCUGAGAAAAAUGGAGAUCCAGGCGCUAAACAACACAGAACCAGACUCUGACAAUGGUGGUGGUAGCACCGCUGAAGUCUUAUCUGGGACGAUAUUCCUUCUUGCGGCGGAAGUCUUGACGCUGAGUGUGGUGUAUCAAUUUUAUAAUUAGGACCUCUGAAGGAGUCAAACAACACCGGACAUGAUAUGGACCACGUUUGCACCGAGGAUACGAGCUAUCAUGUGUACACACCUGUAUAUACGUACCUCCGCAUGUGAGCGAGUACGACAGUCGUUAAUGUACCUAUUUAGUAAUUCGAAAUUGUACGUAGCAAAGAAAUCGGAAGGUAUUUCGGAGUUCCUUCGGACGAUUGUCGUAAAUCAAUUGCAGUUCGAAUUAUCGAGGUCGCAUCAAUUUUGUGGUGCACGACGUGUAAAUUAUCCACUAAUUUGACUUAAGGAUAUCCAAAGAUAGUCGAUCCAGUCGAGAAAUUCUAACUAGGUUAAUGUAUAGCGACGUGAUGUUUUCCCAAACCUGUUAUCAAUUUUGAGGGUACCGCAAUCUCGUGGUAUAAUUUAUAAAAGUACACCAAAGGUAGAAAUAUGCCUUCACUAUUGAGUACUCCGUCGAUUUGUCAUCACGGAAAAAGGGAGAAUCGAAGGUAAAUUGCGUUGCAUUUUUUAAUUUAUAUACAUUGUUAAGAGUUUUCAAUUACCACCACACUAUUUCGCAGUGCACACAUGUCACCAAUAAUUUGUUGAUUUAAAAAUGCGCUGCGUGCACGUGCCGAAGUCUGCGGUUUCAUCUUGGGAGCAACAUUUUUGUACAAUACGCAAUGCAUACAAGUGGUUUUAUUCUCACCUCCGAUUUUCGAGAAAUUGACAAGGUGAAACAUACAGGUAUUUUCAGCCAGGGUGAUUUUUGGACUCAGCUCACGUAUGAAAAGUUUCCGAAAAUCGUCGUACGAUGGGAGUUACCAAAGCCGUGAAAAUCAGCUUUCAGUUAAAGUUUGUUAACCGGUUUACCUCUUAAGGUCUAACAUAUACUAGUCGCAUUGUUGGCAUUGUUGCAACACGAAGGUAAUAUGUAGGCAAUCAGGGAACAAAGCACCACAAUCUGUUUGUCCGUUUCAGUCUUUGUCCAAGUUGGCGUCCAUGGCUAGUCUAUGGAAGUCCAUAGAGCAGGUAAUAAUUAAACCCUAACCAAGAAGCAAUAGCAAUAGCCGACGGCAUACCGACUAGUUUGCCUUUGACCUCCAUAUUUUAUACAUUUUCCGUACUUUUCCAUUCCGAAAUAGAGUUCCCAAGAUUCAGCAAUUAGCAGCUUUCCCUCUCUUGCACUGUGCGACUAGAAAAACCAUAAAGCGAAUUUCCUUCUACGUUUGUCAAGUAGUCAUUCAUAGAGAAUCGGAAGGAAGUAAUUAUUUUUGUACGUGUACACAAGCGUCGUAUCGUUAAAAUAAGAAACGAAGACGGAUUGGCGAAGACCUCUCGAAAUCCAUUGACUUCGAUAAAAUGCAACUGCAUUUGGCACAGGUAUGCACGUGCAAACUUCUAGGAGAUAUUGGCGAAGGGGUGGAUAUAAUUUCAACGUUUGUGCCUAAUUAGAUUCCUUAAUGCAGACCAGAGUCCUCUUGUAAUGCAGAGUUACGUCAGUAACGUGCGGAUAGUUGAGGGAAUUGCUCCCAGGUGUGAAAGUGAGAAUCUAACUACCACCUUGCCAGCAUUUGGACUUGAUAGUAAUAAUUUGCUAGUCGAAUAGCUAAUCACAUGAACCACACCAAAUAUUUAUUUAAUCAAACCCAGUGUAGAGUGUAAGAGAAUGAUAACUCCGAUCUGUACAUAUUAUAUAUAUAUACGAGCGCGUCUACGACGGGCGAGAUAUCGAUAAUUCAAUCGUUGUACAAUACGUUGUUUUAAUCGCGCAAUCGAUCGAGAUGGAAAGUGAAAGAUCUGUUAUGUCACUACCGAGUCAAGAUAAUAAAAAAUUCUAUUUGUC